AUGGCGAGGAUCAUCACCUCAUCGACGAGGACGGACUGUUUCGCCAAGAGGGCGAUCCUCUUCACCAAGCGGGGGCGGGUUGCCGACAUUGAUAUUGGAGGGGGAAUCAUUAAGGCUGCCGAGCGCGUCUCCUCCGUCCGCGAAAGCCCUGGCAGCAGUGAUGGCACCGCUGGCCUAAAUGAACUCGCUGCGUCGGGACAACGCGGGUAUUCGGGUCUCCCGCUGGCCUCACCUCCCGUCUCGCGCACGUGGUCCGGUGGGCGGCAGCAUCGACGGCCGCGCUCGCUGGCUCGUAAUCUCCCCAGAGGUGCUAAUGGCAUUAGCCGUUCGCAGAAGGCGUCGUCGGCGGCGACCCCGUGCACGGGCCGUGAUUUAGAUGCGCCCCGCCCCGCUGGCCUUCCGGCUUCGAUUGACAGCUUUACAGUGGCUCGUCACCAGCGGGACCCCGAGAUCCUCGCUGCACUUCUCGGCGGCGGCCGCCGCGGUAUGGAUUCUUGCGCACCGGCCUGCAACUGUCAGGGGCAGGCGAAGAAGAAGGGCCGCCUUUGUUUGGCAGCCAAACCAAGGACUCCCUCCGGCAUCUUACUGGGACACAGGGCGCGCUGGUGCUGGCAUGGCAGGGCCGCGCAUCUUCCGCACUUUGGCGCUGCUGCAUGCGACGCUGCCGUGACGCAAUGGCGGCUGCCCGGGUGUAGUUGUUGCGACACGUAGUGGUGAACGCUACGUUGCUCGCAAGAGGCCAAGAGCAGGUUGCACCUCGAUGGUCCCAUGAAGCAAAUCGGGUGCUGGAAGGCCCUCGUUAAAGAAGACAACACGGAUCAGAACACAACG